AGACCUUGUAUGAUCAAAACGAUUGGACUACUUGGCUUGAAAUUGAAUCAUCACCCCUUUCACGAUCGAAACGAAUCGAUCCAUGCGAACUUACUUAUUUAUAAGUUUAAUUAAGGACACAAAACACCUUUUUAAGAUAAUAGGCACAAAUUUAAUCCUUAAAAUGAGGCAAAUCAGCCUGUUAUGUUACUUUUAUUUAGACCACGUGAGACAAUCAUGGGCGCGUGCGCGGCGGGGAUUAAUAAAAAAAAAUACCGGUGUGAAAGUAAAGACUCCAGCAGCAAGGCACCACGAGUACCGGUACUACAAUUGAUCUUGGCUUUCUCGAUUUAUAUGGCUAUUAAACCAUUGCAAAUUUGUGCAGGUCAUUGAAGAGGAAACUAUAGUGUUUGGGCAAUGGACUUUGGACCCUUAUAGUACACGAAAAACCGGUGUAUAAAUAAUUGUAACAACGAAAACGUUAAUUAACGUUUAACGGUUUAGUGCGCGUGCAGGUGUACGGUACGGUGUGUAGCACAUGAAUGAACAUACCGGUACUUCGAGCGAGCGCCGCCAGUGGCAGUGCAUGAAGGGAGCUAGGAGUUUCGGCGAAAUCACUCUCGGCAGAACAAACAUCGAAGUACGGCUAUAACGUUAGGCUGUCUCACUUGGCAUUGACUUGAUUCUUCAGAGAAAUAAAUUGAUUGCCAUGGCAACCCUCAAAAGUGACUAUGCCGAUAUCAACAUCCCUGAGGACGUUUCAGUGCUGGAUUUCAUUUAUGAAAAGUUUGAUCAAUAUGGAGACUCAGUUGCAGUGGCUGAUGCUGCCACUGGACGGUCCUACACCUUUGCUCAGGUGAAAGACUAUUCCAGACGGAUUGCUAGCGCCCUCACAAGACAAGGAAUGAAGAAGGGUGAUGUCAUCGGCAUCGUCAGCCCCAACAUUCCAGAGUAUGUCCUGAUGCAUUGUGGGAUAGUUGAGAUGGGUGGCGUUAUGAGUGGUGUCAACCCCCUAUACACUGAAGAUGAGAUUUAUUAUCAGUUGGAAAUGGUUGAGGCUAAGCUGAUUGUGACAGUGCCUCUAUUUGCUGAGAAAUGUCUAAACACCAUGAAAAAACUUCCUGGAAUUCAGGAUGUUUAUGUCUUUGGAGAAGCAGAAGGCUGCAAGUCCUUCAAGUCUUUACUUGGAGACGAUGGUUCUGCUUGCCCUAAUGUGAAAGUCUCUCCAGAGGAUACCUAUGCCUUGCUUUUCUCCAGUGGAACUACUGGCCUGCCGAAGGGGGUCAUUCUCACCAAUAAAACUGUUCUCUCCAAUCUGUGCCAAAUAGAAGCCUAUCCGGAGCUAUUGGAUACUAAUCAUGAGGAUACAGUGCUUGACCUACUACCAUAUUUCCAUAGCUAUGGUCUGGUUGUUAUUAUGCUCCAUGGUCUUAGAGCCGGGGCUAGACAGGUUGCCAUUUCAAGAUUUGAUCCAGAAGUUUUCCUCAAAACCAUCCAAGAUUAUAAGGUUAGUCUCCUGUACCUUGUACCUCCUAUCAUUCUCUUCUUGGCCAAACAUCCGAUGGUGGACAAAUAUGACCUUUCAGCUGUCAGGCAGAUCACCUCUGGGGCCGCACCCCUCGGAGGCGAGAUGGUUGCAAGUGUGGAAACAAGACUAGGAAUCAAGAUUAUCAGACAAGGCUUUGGACUGACUGAAACUGGGCCUGUUUUGACCAUCACUCCAACAUGUACAGCCAAUCCAGCUAGCGUUGGAAAGCUGUUGCCCAAUACUGUUGCAAAGGUUGUUGAUACUAAAUCAGGAGCAUUACUUGGCGAGGGUCAGGAUGGUGAACUGUGUUUUCAAGGUCCUCAGAUCAUGCCAGGCUACUUCAAGAAUCCAGAAGCAACGGCAAAGACCAUUGAUGCAGACGGAUUCAUCCAUACAGGGGAUGUAGGCCACUUUGAUAAGGAUGGCCUAUUCUUCAUAGUGGACCGACUCAAAGAAUUAAUCAAAUAUAAAGGAUAUCAGGUUGCUCCUGCUGAGCUAGAGGCUCUUCUUCUCACCCAUCCCUCCAUCAUGGAUGCUGCUGUGAUAGGAAUACCUCAUGAAGAGGCAGGAGAACUUCCCAAAGCCUUCAUCGUCAAAAAGAAGGAAGAACUAACAGCGGAUGAGGUAGCAGAGUUUGUAGCAGAAAAUGCGGCUCCGUACAAGAAGUUACGAGGUGGAGUAGAGUUUGUGAAAUCCAUCCCUAAAUCAGCCUCUGGGAAAAUCUUAAGAAGAGUCUUACGAGAGAAGAAGACUGAAACCCAACAAUCCUAAGGUAUUCCUUACAUAGCACAUAAGCCAGUUUGCACACAUUGGAGCUGCCAAGUCUCCCCCAUUGUCAAAGUGGCUGCCUUCUUGUAAAAAUAGGAGCAGACAAAAGCUCAUUCAUAUUUUACAUUCAUAUUUUCUGCAUCAGUAAAUCAAUUCUCUAUACUUAGUACUUGUGUAUGACACAAUACAAUUGAUCUUAUCGUAACGUUUAUGUGAAAUGGUAUUACAACUCAGAAAGAAAAUCAUUGAAGCAAACUAAUGUGUUUUCUCACUUGCCUAAUUUUAUGAAAACAGGGUACAAAGUAUAAGUUUGUAGUGCUGUUUUUUUCAUAUAUAAUAUUUCUAAAUUACAUUUAAGUGCUGAAAGUAAAGAUGUUUGUGAUGUUUUAUAUAGUCUUUAUGUUGUGAUUUGAUCUUUUUUUUUAUUGUAUUAGCAACCACUGGUAUAUAUCAUGAAUGGCCAUACGGUGUGACCUUAUAUUAUUGAAAAAUUUACAACUUAUCAUUUCCAUUAAAUUUGUAUAUCAUUUAUUUGUAUUUUAUAUUGAGUCCCCAUAUCAUGUGAUCACCCAGAUUAUCUUGGACCAAAUAUUCUUUUGCUGAAAUUAACUUUUAUUGGAGGCUUUCGAAACUGUCUCUAUAUUUAAAUUUAUAUGCAUUGUAAGUGCCAUUAGUACUCUGAUGUAUAUUCAUUUGAAGAGGCUUUUUUGUAAGGGAAUUUUAAAGAUGGCAAACUGUCUCGUAUAAAGUAAAAACAUUUAAUUUAUAUAAAAAUUGAAUUAAUUGUGGAAUAAUUUAGUCUCUAGUGCCAAACCACAUCUAUGAUCUCUGGUUUAAACUAAUACCUUAAUUUCAGGGUAGGAUUUUUUUGCAGGGGCUGAUUUACCCCAAUACUGGGGCGUUUGAUUAAUUUUGGGAAAGCUAUUUCUUUUAUUUCAAGGGCUACUUUUAGUGCAACAAAAACACUUCUCAUUCUAUUGUAUUUAGACAAUUGAUUUUCUGAACUUUCUUUAAAUGUUGUUUGUGGUAGAUCUUUGGGCAACUUUAGAAAAAAUGUAUUUUCUAACUAAUAUGUAUGAAAGAUGUGAUCUGCAUUCAUCAAUAUUUUAUAAUUGCAAUAAUUCUUAGAACAAUUUUGAUACCUUUCUGAAAUAUUUAGAAGUUUUAUCAAUUUUUGCUGACUGAGGGUUUUGAUAUGUCAGGGGCUUGAUUUGGAUCAUUCCUAAAUUAAUUCUCACUUCACAUCUGAAGAAAUCAUGAAUAAAACUUCACAUAUUUUCUGGAAAUUUUCAAACUUUGAUUCAUAUUUUUAAUUGUAAUUGAAUCAGCCCUUGACAUCAGCUAGAUCAUUACCUUGCCUUCAGUCAUUUUAUGCCAUGUUAAGCACAAAGUUUUUUUAAUAAAAUGUGAUUUUUUGAAAAA